AUGAAGCUUUUAUCUCCCUCUUCCACAGGCCAUUCGACACCCACAACCGGCAAAAUGGCAGAUUCUACGCCUGGUGCCCUUACACAAGGAACUCGCUUCGUCCAAAAUCUCAUCACAGGCCGCCAUGCGCUGUCCAUAUUCAUUCCCGUCGCGCUUUGGCUCGUCGACGCGAUUGGAACUUGUCUGAUCAUCUGGAAGGUCCCAUAUACUGAGAUUGAUUGGGUGGCGUACAUGCAGCAGAUCUCGCAAUUUCUUGCUGGUGAGCGAGACUAUACCAACAUCAAGGGCGAUACUGGUCCCCUUGUGUAUCCAGCUGCGCACGUCUACACUUUUACUGGGCUAUACUACGCCACGGACGAGGGCAAGGACAUCUUCCUGGCGCAGCAGAUCUUUGGCGUUCUGUACAUGGCUACGCUGGCAGUGGUGAUGAGUUGCUACUGGAAGGCCAAGGUCCCUCCUUACAUGUUCGUUUUCCUGGUCGCUUCGAAAAGACUUCACAGUCUUUUUGUGUUGCGAUGCUUCAACGACUGCUUCGCUGUUUUCUUCCUAUGGCUCACAAUCUUCUUCUUCCAACGCCGCAACUGGACUUUCGGGUGUCUCGCCUAUACCUGGGGCCUAGGAAUUAAAAUGACGCUGCUACUGGUCCUCCCUGCUGUUGGCACUAUCCUUUUCCUCGGCCGAGGCUUUUGGCCCAGUAUACAACUCGCAUGGCUCAUGGCACAGGUUCAGUUCCUCAUUGGAAUUCCAUUCAUCGUGAAGAACCCUCGUGGAUAUGCGGCUCGAGCCUUUGAGUUAUCUCGCGAGUUCAAGUUUCAUUGGACGGUCAACUGGCGCAUGUUGGGCGAGGAAGUAUUCCUCAGCAAGUCUUUUGCUCUAACGCUUCUUGCUUGCCACGUUGCAGCACUUCUUAUCUUCAUCUCUAAGAGAUGGCUUCAGGCGACUGGACGACCGCUCUCCGCCAUAAUCCCCUCCUUCUUGCGGCUCAAGUCCCCGUUUACUGAGCAGGAACACCUUCGAAUCUCCCACUACGUCACCCCUGAGUAUGUCAUGACGACAAUGCUCACUGCCAACCUCAUCGGCCUGCUGUUUGCGAGGUCGUUGCACUACCAAUUCUAUGCCUAUCUGGCGUGGGCCUCGCCAUAUCUUCUUUGGCAAGCCACGGGAGAUGUCUUCAUUGUGUCGGUUAUCUGGGCGGCGCAGGAGUGGGCAUGGAACACCUUCCCGAGCACCGACUUGAGCUCCGGUGUCACUGUGAAUGCGAUGCUCGCCACAGUCGUGCUGGUGUAUCUGGGGACAGCCAGACUUGCCAUUCCUGCAUUUCAGGCUAGGAAAAAUGGAGUGCCUACACAGGCUAGGAACAUCGAAGCGAAGAACAAAUAG